CCCUGAUGUUGGGAAAGAUGAAGGGCACAAGGAGAAGGGGAUGACAGAGGACGAGAUGGUCGGACAGUGUUGUCGAAGCUAUGAACAUGAGUUUGACCAAACUGCAGGAGGCAGUGGAAGACAGGAGCAUAGCUGUCAACUUUCAGAUUUGAAAAUAAGGGAUCAGCAGCCUCGCCUGUCCCAGAGACCGUCUAUGGGAUAUCUAACAAUCCGGGAUAGCAGCGGGAACUGGCGCUGGAAUAAGGGAAUUUCACACAAAAAAAGGGAAGGUUGACAGGAGUGCCAGGCAUGCUCUGGCCCAUGGCAUAGCUGUCAACGUUUCCCUUUUUUCAAGGGAAAUCCCCUUAUUCCGAAUAGGAUUCCUCGCAAGAAAAGGGGAAAGUUGACAGCUGUGGUCCAUGGGGUCACAGAAGAGUCGGACACGACUUAAAGACUUAACAAUAACGGGGUGUGUGUUUGUGUGUGUCGUGUAGGUGGCAGCGACCCCCUUCCCCGCCCUCCCUGCUGCGCAGGAGACCUUCCCUCACGGGCCGGCCGAGGCCGCCACAGAGCGGCCGUUUGCGGAAGCGGCUCGCGCGUCUUUCUUCUCUCCGUCGCCUUGGCAACGGGGAGGAGGAGAGGGCCUGCUCCCUUCACGAGCGAGGAGCGGGGACGCGCUUAGCCCCACCGCCCACCCCAUGGCGUCCGGGCGCCCCGCUUUGGAGACAACCCCCGACGUGCCGACUCGGAAGCCGGCUCCCCGGGUAACCCGCGUGUGGAAAACGGAGGGUCGCCUUCCCGAGGCCUCAACCGCCACCCCCUUUCCCCGCUUGUGGGUUCGCCUCCGUUAAAGCAACGACGUCGUGGGGUGGGGGUGGGGGGGGUUGCACUGCCUUCUUUCCUAUAUGCUUGCUUUCCAAUAUGCAUUUUGUGUUUUUUAAUCUUGCCUUUUUUGGUGCUGCGAACCGCCCCGGAGAUCGACGGGUGAAGAAGGGCUAAGGAAGAGGAAGGAGCGCCGUUGAAAAUUUGAAGCGGUCACAAAACUGAUCGCACAGUUAUUCAAAAUCCUGCUGGAACUCGUUUCGUUAUUUUAACUAUCCAGGGAGAUCAGCUUCUCAAAGUGCUUUUUUUCCCUUUAAAAAAAAUGUUUAGGGGUACUCUCAUUUUCCUACUCGUAUUGAAGUACUGCCCCUCAAUGAGGCCAAAUUUAGAUUCACAAAAUGUUUAGGGGUCUGCGUCCCCCCAGGAAAAAAAAAGCACUGCUGAUAACCAUUGUCACAUCCAGAGGUGCAAAUUCCCACUUUGAGAACUGCCGCAUGAGAAAGUGCGCUCACGCUACCAAGUGGCCUAUUGUUUGAGAAUAAUGCAUCAAUUUUGGGGGGUGGAGGGGAUCUUGAAUGACUCGGGUGGCAAAUGGAUCUUUGUUUUCCCUGGGGUGGUCAUCAAACUAUUUUUUGCUCAGGAGUAGCUCCGUUGAAAUGAAUGAACAUGACUAACUCAGGCCUAUUCAUUUCAGCAGGUCUGCUCUGAGUAAAACUUAAUUGUUUCCACACAUUUUUAUUAGAUGUGUUAUUUAGUACAUUUUUAUAUCCAGCCUUUUCCACUUUGUGGAAUUGAAGGCUGUGCUUCCCAUCCAAGCAAGUACCUGCAGACCUGCUUAGAUUUCAGCAAGGUGACUGCAAACCUGUGCUGUGGGUUAUAGAGUGUCCACUUACACACUGACCCAAAGAAAAAUGAAUGCAUCAUCAAAGAAAUAGGAUGCCAGUUUGCCUAUCAUUUGUGGGCACACAAUAAUAUGUAUGGUAGAAAUAAUUGCUGUAAUUGAAACAGAAAUAAAAUACAGCUCACCAUUGUUUGGAAGUAUCUGACCAAUCUGCUGUUCAGGUGCAACUUCAGGACUCUAGCUGUCUGUUCUUAGAGAUGUUUAUCUUUAAACCAGACUGUCCUUUGAAUUAGAGCAGUUUUUCUCAAACUUGGGUCGCCAGCUAGUUUUGGACUACAGUUCUCAUCAUCCCUGCCCACUGGUCUCGAUAGCUAGGGAUGAUGGGGCUUGUAGUCCAAAAAUAGCUGAUGUCACAAGUUUGGGGAACACUGAAUUAGAGGAAGCCUUUAAACAGAAGAGUGUUCUAUCUAAAAAUAGAACAUGUCAAUACUACCCUGGGACCACAAGCAGCAUGCACUUUUCAUUUUACUCUAGUUUAAUUAAGUAUUAUAUGGAAUAAAGCAGCCUUUUGCCAACUUGGUGCCUCCAGAUGUUUUGGACUACAACUAUCCUCAGUCCCCAGCUAGAGUUUUAGUCCCAAACACCAGUUUGACAAAGGCUGGAAUACAGGAUGUGUGUGUGUUUCACAGCAGACAGGAUGAGAAGGGGUCUUCUGCAGUAGGUGUAGCUCCCACAGUCAAUGUGAUGAUAAUCAAUCUUUAAUAAAGGCAAUUCUCCCCAAAUCUAUAAGUUUCAUCGUUUCACUUCUAAUGGAGUAGGUGUGUGAAUAUCCUCUUAAUGUUUCGGAUUGUACCUAAUCAACAUUUGUGGGACAAACUUUUGAAACUAUUCGGUUUACGAACUCUGCAAAACCGGAAAUAGUGUCUUAGUUUGAGAACUUUACCUCAGUCUAAGAACGGAAUCCGAACGGUGGAAGGGCAGCGGCGGCGGGAGGCCUCAUUAGGGAAAGCACACCUCAGUUUAAGAACUGUUUUGGUUUAAGAACAGACUUCCGGAACGGAUUAAGUUCGUAAACAGCGGUACCACUGUAUUAAGUAUCUAUCACUUAAAUAUUUUUGUUUUACAGACAUUUCUCUAAAUCCACAACAUGGAUGAGUAUGAAGUGAUUAAAAUGAUUGGAGAAGGAUCUUUUGGCAAAGUAUUCUUGGCUAAAGGAAAGGAUAACAAUCAACCAUGUGUUAUCAAGGAGGUCAAUUUAACAAAGGUAAAUAAUCUCUCCUCCCACCUGUCCCAAAUGCGCUUACCUUUUAGAGUAAUGUUACGUAUAUCAUCUACACUCAUGAUUCAUGACAUAGGGAAUUAGAUAUAGUUAGUUUUGGAAUGGUUUUAUAUUUAUCCAUCUUUAUGUAUACAUGUGUUCAAAACAAAAUAAAAAAGUAGAUAUUUAAAUAUUCAAUACUAUAUAAAUAAAGUCUCUAAAUUUCAUCUGGGAAAGUGACAGUAAUAAUCACAUGCUUCUCCUUCCUUGUUUCUCAACCAAUUUAGAUGCCAAGAAAAGAAAAAGAAUCCUCUCAGAAAGAAGUCGCUGUUCUGUCCAAGAUGAAGCACCCUAAUAUAGUAGCUUUCUACACUGCCUUUCAAGGUCUCAUUUUCUAUGGCUUUGUUUGUUUGUUUGUUAAAAAAAACUCUCAGGGUGAGCAGAUGCAAAAGAGGACAGGGAUUGUGUACCUUUAAUAGUUGUGUAGAAGAGGGGUAAUCGGAAGGUAUUUAAAUAAAUUAUUUCCAUCCCAGUGGUGGAAAAUUAACAAUCUCACAGUGGACCGUUUGUGCCUUUAAUUUUGGGUGGUUUAGCUUUUUAUGCAGAACCAUGAACAGUUGCUCCUUGCACAUGUUUGAAAGACACAGGAUCACUACAUAUUUCCUUUGCUUCUAGUUACCCUAAUGCUGUGUAUACCUAGUGUAGGGUGGGGGUAUCUGUAAUAUCAGUAUAUUGGAGAUAGCCAGAUCUUAAUCUGUUUGGCAUAGAAUAUGUGUCUCGGUGUUGCGAGCCUAAGAAUUUGGGGUCUUUAGUUGAAAUCACUAUUACCUGACUGCACUGCUCAUAGAAGGAACCAUGUACAAACAUUAAACUUUAAAUGACUUUAAGCAUUUUUUGAAAUAGUGAUGGUGGCAAGAUUUAUUUUUUUUAAAAAAACACUGAUUUAUUGCUUCGGUUAAGUUUGCUAUACCAGUUGCCAUGAAAGCAGUUAAUUGCUGUAUUUGUAAAUACAAAGUUUGUUCAUAAGCCUAAUAUACUUUUAUUACAGAGAAAAAUAAGUUAUAUAUUAUUAUGGAAUAUUGUGAUGGAGGUGACCUUAUGAAGAGGAUAAUUUUGCAGCGUGGAGUGUUAUUUGAUGAGGACAAGGUAAGUUUGCAUUUUGAAGAACUGCCUUUUUUACAUUCUUCCAUUCAAUUAUUUAUCACAGAAAAAAGGACAACGAGGAGAUUGGCAUCCUGCCUUUCAUUUUCUUUUAUUUACCAAGUCAUUAAGGUAAAGGUAAAGGGACCCCUGACCAUUAGGUCCGGUCGUGACUGACUCUGGGGUUGCGGCGCUCAUCUCGCUUUAUUGGCCGAGGGAGCCGGCGUACAGCUUCUGGGUCAUGUGGCCAGCAUGACGAAGCCGCUUCUGGCGAACCAGAGCAGCGCACGGAAACGCCGUUUACGUUCCCGCCAGAGCGGUACCUAUUUAUCUACUUGCACUUUGAGGUGCUUUCGAACUGCUAGGUUGGCAGGAGCAGGGACCAAGCCACGGGAGCUCACCCUGUCGCGGGGAUUCGAACUGCCGACCUUCUGAUCGGCAAGUCCACAGAGCCACCCGCGUCCCUUCACCAAGUCAUUAGUGCCAUAAUAAUUUGUGCCUCUGGCAGAGUGAUCAGGGAUGAGAGGGAGAUCCAACAACAUCCAGAGAACCACAGGUUCCCUGCUCUUCUUUAAAAAGCUGGCCUCAAACUGAGGUCCUGGGUGCAAAUUUUGGAUUGAAGUUGAGGGCGCUGGAACAGAUGGACCUAUCGUGGACUGGGCUUACUUAGAACUACAGAGAGUGAAGCGUGCCUGCUACUCAGGGUGAGUGGUUAGGAAGUUGUUUGACUCUAAUCCCAGAGAUUCUAUUAGCUAGAUGUCUAAAUGUCUAAAUGUAUCUUCUGACCUUGUAGAAUAGAUAGUUGUGUCCAGGUUAUAUGUCAAGAGUGAGGUUGGAAUCCCUAUUUCCUGCUUUUUGACGAAGAGAUGUAUAUCUUAUUUUUUUCUGAUAUCUACUGUAUACAAUAUUAAAUUCAUCAUUUUUUACUGGCAUGUGUAUGUUUUAAAGGAAGUCCCCUCCCCCCCCGGUAGAAAUCACAGUGGUGGUGGUUUAUGGGGUAUUCACAUUUUAUCUUUGCCUAUAGAUCUUGAGUUGGUUUGUGCAAAUCUCCUUAGGACUGAAGCAUAUACAUGACAGGAAGAUUCUGCACAGAGAUGUAAAAGCACAGGUAAGUCAAAGGGGGAGUGCCUUUUCCCAGUUGCGGUUGGUAUGUCAACUACAACUGUUCUUGGACAGGGAUCCAUUGCUGUCACUUGAGGCUCAGGUGACUGCAGUGGCACAGCGCACCUUCCAUCAGCUUCAACUGGUGGCCUAGCUGUGCCCCUAUCUGGAUAGGGAUAGUAAGCAAUCUGGCUGCAAAACAGUUUGAGCAUAUAACACCACUCCAGGCUGACUGCACUGGCUGCCAAGUUUUGACUUAUAAAGUAUGGUGGAUUCCAUUUUUAUGGAACUCCCUUCCAGUUGACAAACACCCUCCUUGUUGAACUUCCAGUGCCUACUGAAGCCUUUAUUUCAGCAGCAUUUUAACUGAAUUCUGAUCUUGCAGUUUUAAACAAUCGUUAUUUUCAUACUUGUACGCUGCUUAGAGUCAGCUGUGAUUAAGCGGUAUAUAAAUCAUCACUUUUAUGGAUUGCAGAACAUUUUUCUCAGCAAUAAUGGAGUGAUAGCAAAACUUGGAGACUUUGGGAUUGCGAGAAUGCUGAGCAAGUAAGCACUAUUUUAUGGACUCUCAAUAUUGUUCUUUCCGUGCUAUGUCUGAAAAGGAUUACUUUGUUUUAGAUAGUGAAAUGUUUAGAGAGUGGGAUGUAGACUGGUCUUAUUCUGACGCUAACUCUAAACAAUGAUUUAUCCUUAUUUUUAUUUAUAAAAUUCAUACACUGCUUGAUUGUAAAAAAAAUACCUCAAAGUGGUUUACAAUAAAUGAAGAGAAGAGGUUGCAUCAAGCACCAUUUAUUUAAGGGCAAUAACCAUGUUCACCAUGGUUCUUUGGAAGAUAAAGGUGGUAUAUAAAUGUAAAAAAUAAAUAAAUGAGGGUAGCAAAUUAAAAGCUUCCAAAUUCAGUUUUGAAUAAACUGCAGUUUCCUCUUAUAUCUAAACUAGGGAAACAAUGGUUUAGUCUAACAGAUUAUUAAGCAAACUGAUCUUAAAUCACAUUUUUUGAUCCUGGUUUAUUUGAGGGUUCCUAUGUCACUGUUGGUUGGAAUACAGAUUUUCUGUUGCAAGUUGAAAUGUAUAAGUAUGUUCUAAUUUGUUCCUGGAGUUUCCAAAUGAUGAAUUGAUGUAGGCAUGUAUAGUUGCUUCCCCCGCCCCAAUUUCCCUAUAUAUAACAAACUUACUGGUCAAAACCAUUAUUUUUCAACGUUGUUUUCCUUUAGUACUAUGGAAUUUGCUCGGACCUGUGUAGGAACACCAUAUUACUUGUCACCUGAAAUCUGUGAGAACAAGCCGUAUAACAACAAAACGUGAGUCUGAAUAUUUCUGACGCACAUAUUUCAACCACAUCAUGGGAGGAAUUCAGUGUUGUCAUGGGUUUGAGCCCCAUGUUGGGCAAAAGGAUUUGUAGCUUCAAGAACACUGUCCAACCAUCUCGUCCUCUGUCGUCCCCUUCUCCUUGUGCCCUCAAUCUUUCCCAACAUCAGGGUCUUUUCCAGGGAGUCUUCUCUUCUCAUGAGGUGGCCAAAGUAUUGGAGCCUCAGCUUCAGGAUCUGUCCUUCCAGUGAGCACUCAGGGCUGAUUUCCUUAAGAAUGGAGAGGUUUGAUUUUCUUGCAGUCCAUGGGACUCUCAAGAAUCUCCUCCAGCACCAUAAUUCAAAAUCAUCAAUUCUUCGGUGAUCCUCCUGCUAGACAACUGGAAUUGCCCCAUAAGAAGGCCUUUUUUCAGGAGUGGAUAGUAAAUCUCUUACUUGUAGGUUUUGCCUCUGCCUUCCAAUGGCCUGUCUCCCCAGGCACUCCUAGCUUACAUGUUGGACAUGCCAUGUCCCAAAUGUGAAAAACCUUUGCUCUUAGAGAUUUGCCAAGCUCAUAUGAUUGAAGGAUCCUCUCACCAGCCCAACAGGCAUUCAUUGUCAUGAAAACAUGAAAUCUACUGAACAUCAUGGGUGAUCCUUACAUAUUGCAAGUAAUACUGAGACUUCUCUCUCUGAGGCUGACUAUGUAUUUAGAAGCUUAACUGUUCUAUUUCUCUUUUAUGCAACUUCUCUGUCAUCCUUUAUAUAUCCAUCCUUAUUAUUAAGAAAGCUUCUUAAUUUGGAACCUAGGAUGUGACCAUAAAUUUUGUGAAUUGUAUUUGUUUUUCAAUGAACAGUAUGAAAUAGUUUAUUGACUGCAUAGUUGAGAUGGAUAUUCUUGUUUUACAAUGUUUCCCCACCCCAUACUGUGAUUUCUUUCUUUUACAGAGAUAUAUGGUCCCUUGGCUGUGUAUUAUAUGAACUCUGUACUUUAAAGCACCCUGUAAGUACAUUAGCAGACUAUUUGUAAAUCGUUUAAUAUAAUAUUUACUAAGAAUGAACAUUUUUCAAGUGGAACUUUUCAAAGGCAGCAGUUAGUAUUGUAACUUUCAAUGCUUCUAAAUCUUAGACAGCUUAGGAAGGAUAUUAUAGAUCUGAGGGGGUUUUUCCUGGGCCACAUGGUGAUAUUUUCCCCAGAAAAGAUGCUGAGUCAACAUUUUUAUUUAAACAUCACAUUUCACUUGGCAGCUACUAUUCAUGGCUGUAUUUUAAUAUUUCAGUUUGAAGGCAAGAGUUUGCCUCAACUUGUGCUGAAGAUCUGCAGAGGCUAUUUCUCACCAGUAUCUAUGAAGUAUUCAUAUGAACUAAGAACAUUAGUAUCCCAGCUGUUUAAAACAGCUCCAAGAGAUCGCCCUUCUAUCAACUCCAUUUUGAAAAAGCCCUUUUUGGAGAAACAAAUAAAGAAUUUUCUGCCCCCUGAGGUGAGUGUCUGCUGUGGCUGCAGACAAUCCAAACAAAUGAGAAAACCCUUCCCUGGUAACCUUCACACUCCCUUCUGCCUCUUUUCACUUUGCACAUGGUAGUCACAUUUAAGGUGAAUGUAUAGAAUUUACAUUCGAGGAGUGGGAUUGUCUGACAUCAAUUGCUGCUAAUGCUUGCUUUCCGCAGGAAAAUGUAUUUAUUAACUGAAUUUAUUAAAGAAGCCCAGAGUGGUAAACACCAAAGUGGUAAAACAGGGUGAUUAAAAAUAGAAAUAUAUUUCCAAACAAUGAAGAAUAUUUUUAAAUAGUUGCUGGGAAUGGUAUCUCUGAGCCAUCAAAUGCCCAGGUGAACAGAAAUGUUUCUGAAUGCUUUCUGAAGGUUAAUAACGAGGGAGAAAGAAACACCUCACGAAGGAGGACAUUAAGCAAAUGGGGAACCACCACCAAAAAGGGCCUGUCAUGGGGUAGUGCCAACUGGACAGCACCCAGCACCACCACCACCACCACCAGGUCAUCCCCUACUGAUUGUAGGGCCCCAAAAUACCGUAUUUUUCGCUCCAUAGGGCGCACCGGACCAUAGGGUGCACCUAGUUUUUAGGGGGGAAAUAAAGAAAAAAAAUUCCCCCCCAGCCCCAAAGAGCAAAGAAGCCAAGACAGCCAGCGGGAUCCAUCCCGCUGGCUGUCUUGGCUUCCUCUUUAGGCACGCACAACCUCUCCAGCCGGGAGAGGCUGCGCGCGGCUUCCCCCGACCCCAGCCCCCAGAACAGGUCCGGGAGCGGAGGCAAGGUUGUGCAGCCUUGCCAUCGCUCCCGGAGCUUGCGGGCUGGGGGAACGCUCCGAAGGUUUGCGGAUAGCUGCCUGAAGCCCGGGGAGCGCAGUGGGAGUUGGCACUGCGCUCCCCGGGCUUCGGGCUGCAGGCUGCAAUCUGCAAGCCUUCGGAGCCCGGUGGGUACUAGUGAAUCACCACUUAGCAAAGAUGCAGCAUAGAUAGAUAGAUAGAUAGAUAGAUAGAUAUGCAUGUGUGUGUAAUCUGUUAUAUUUGCUUUUAGAUCAUGGAGGAAGAAUUCAGCCACACCGUCAUUCACAGAAAACGGUCACUAGAUUCACUGCCAUCAGGCAAGCUGUUGCUCACUAAGGUUUAUAUAUACAUAUAUAUAAAUGAAAGCAUAAUGCUUGAGAGAGAGAGAGAGAAAUUUGUUUUAAAUGGGUAUUGGUACUGAGAUAAUUAGUCAAAUUUCAGUGAAGAUGCUGUAUAAUGAAUAUGCAUGUUCCUUCCCCUUGGGGACACAGUGGCAUCAAAACUAUUGAGCAGAUGCGUGUUACUGAAUAGGGCUCUAGUUUAUGGGUUAUGCUUUCAAGGUGGUGGCCCCAUUCUGCUGGUGCUGUAAGUAAGAAGUUGGAUCAAGAGGUAUUUUAAUUAUGUAUUUAUAGAAAUAUUUAUAUAACACUAAUUAAUAAACAACAUAUCAAAGUGGUUCAGAACUACAUAAAGCCAUAAAUUAAAAAGCAUAUAAAAAGAUAAAAUCAGUUAACUACUGAGGUAGUAUGUAUUCUUAAUUGCCUGCAUAAGCCGACGGAAUCGGAAAGUUUUCAGCAGGCAUUUAAAAAUCGAAACAGAAGAGGCCUGCUGAAUCUCUGUUGGCAGAGUAUUCCACAGAACUGGGCUGGUGACGCUAAAAGCUUGGUUUCUUGUUGUUGUCGAAUUAGCCUCGCCAGCUUGGGGGAAUGAUCAGCAGCAACACUCGUGCAAUGAUUGAGCUGGGAUAUAAUGGUAUAGCUCUUAAGAUCACAGAACUGCUUUAGUCAGGUGUAGUUUUCUCUCCAAGAGAGUGAAACUUUAGUUUAUAUAUUGUUUAUAAGUGUUGCACUCAAAUAAAUUCAGGCCUCUGAUUCUGUCAUCUAAAAUGUAAAACAUGGGUAGAAUUAUUGUUGUUGUUUAGUCAUUUAGUCGUGUCCGACUCUUCGUGACCCCAUGGACCAGAGCACGCCAGGCACUCCUGUCUUCCACUGCUUCCCACAGUUUGGUCAAACUCAUGCUGGUAGCUUCGACAACACUGUCCAACCAUCUCGUCCUCUGUCGUCCCCUUCUCCUUGUGCCCUCAAUCUUUCCCAACAUCAGGGUCUUUUCCAGGGAGCCUUCUCUUCUCAUGAGGUGGCCAAAGUAUCUGUCGUUCCAGUGAGCACUCAGGACUGAUUUCCUUAAGAAUGGAUACGUUUGAUCUUCUUGCAGUCCAUGGGACUCUCAAGAGUCUCCUCCAGCACCAUAAUUCAAAAGCAUCAAUUCUUCAGCGAUCAGCCUUCUUUAUGGUCCAGCUCUCACUUCCAUACAUCACUAUUGGGAAAACCAUAGCUUUAACUAUACGGGCCUUUGUUGGCAAGGUGAUGUCUCUGCUUUUUAAGAUGCUUUCUAGGUUUGCCAUUGCUUUUCUCCCAAGAAGCAAGCAUCUUUUCAUUUCGUGACUGCUGUCACCAUCUGCAGUGAUCAUGGAGCCCAAGAAAGUGAAAUCUCUCAUUGCCUCCAUUUCUUCCCCUUCUAUUUGCCAGGAGGUGAUGGGCCCAGUGGCCAUGAUCUUGGUGUUUUUGAUGUUGAGCUUCAGACCAUAUUUUGUGCUCUCCUUUUUCACCCUCAUUAAAAGGUCUUCUUUCACCCUCAUUAAAAGGUAGAAUUAUUACUUUGCUGUUAUAAGGUAGCAUUAAUUUUAUGCAUCUUCUAGUAAAAGGUGGGCCAACGUAUUGCCAGUGUAUUGUGUGCAAACCACAGAGGCGAACACUACACCCUUUCCCUGAUGAGGUAGACUAAGAUGGUGGUAGGUACUUCAGUAAGCAUUGUUCAGGAGUAAUUCUCAUUACCUGUGUGCUCACAUUUUGGAGCAUAUUUAAUUGGAGCCGAACUGCACAUUUGGUGCCAAACAGGAUUCCCAACUCAGUGUAUGCUGCUGGUCAUUCUGGGGUUUUGAAGGGGAGGGGCAUAGGAGUAUGAUACUGGAAAUAAUUAUCAAAACCUUAUUUAAUUGAAUUAUCAAAGGAGCUCCUGAAGUUCAGAAAUCAAGAAUCCAUGAUCGUCAUUCACCCAAAAUCAAGCUGGAGAUGCUUCCCAGAAAACAAGAAAUAAUGUAUGAAAAUGAAUGGAAAGCUCCUUCAAGGCCCCAGGAUCCUAUUAAUCAGGUAAUAAUAAUAAAAAUAGUAAUUAAAGUUCUCUUGGUAUUUACCAUAUUUUCCCGUGUAUAAGACCAGGUUUUUUCCCUUAAAAAUAAUGUCAAAAUUAGGGGGUGUCUUAUUCAUGGAUACAUCUCCCCCCCAUUUGAGUCCCCCAAAAGAGGGGGUGUCUUAUAGAUGGAAAAGUACAGUAAUUAUUUAAUAGAGUUAUUUAUUUGUCAUGUGCUUUCACUUUGCAGCAGUAAAGGUAAAGGUAAAGGGACCCCUGACCAUUAGGUCCAGUUGUGGCCGACUCUGGGGUUGUGGCGCUCAUCUCGCUUUAUUGGCCGAGGGAGCCAGCGUACUGCUUCCGGGUCAUGUGGCCAGCAUGACUAAGCCGCUUCUGGCGAACCAGAGCAGCGCACGGAAACGCUGUUUACCUUCCUGCUGGAGCGGUACCUAUUUAUCUACUUGCACUUUGACGUGCUUUCGAACUGCUAGGUUGGCAGGAGCAGGGACCGAGCAACGGGAGCUCACCCCGUUGUGGGGAUUCGAACCGCCGACCUUCUGAUCGGCAAGUCCUAGGCUCUGUGGUUUAACCCAUAGCACCACCCAGUAGAUGGCACUAAUUCAGAGAUGAGUGACCCUCCAAGUGUUGCUGAACUCCAGUACCCAUUAUCCCUAAAUAUUGGUCAUGCUGAUGGGAGCUGGAGUCUAACACCAUCUGGAAGGCCACAGGUCUAUUAUUCCUGUACCGACUAAUUUAACAGUGUUUGACAAAUAGUCAAAUUAGGGUCAAACUAGAUGUGAGGUUUAAUGUGUCUUUGAAUCUGAUUCUGGAAUUCUUUUCUUCAUUCUGCCCUUGUAUUUUUUAAAAAUCGAAAAGCAGUUAUGAGGCCGUAAUCUAUAUAAUGGUCCCUCUUAGCUGCUGUUAGGAUUCUCACCUUUUUAUUUUAAAAAAAACUAAGUAGCAGAUUCAAAGCUAUGUUCUGUAUCUAAAGGUACCCCUGCCCAUACGGGCCAGUCGUGUCCGACUCUAGGGUUGUGCGCCCAUCUCACUUAAGAGGCCGGGGGCCAGCACUGUCCGGAGACACUUCCGGGUCACGUGGCCAGUGUGACAAAGCUGCUCUGGCGAGCCAGCACCAGCGCAGCACACGGAAACGCCGUUUACUUUCCCGUUAUAAAGCAGUCCCUAUUUAUCUACUUGCACUUUGAUGUGCUUUCAAACUGCUAGGUGGGCAGGAGCUGGGACCGAAAGACGGGAGCUCACCGCGCCGCGGGGAUUCGAACCGCUGACCAUACGAUCGGCAAGCCCUAGGCGCUGAGGUUUUACCCACAGCGCCACCCGCGUCCGUAUCUAGUUUGACCUUAAGUCUGUGCCUCUUUAAAGGGAUGUGCAAGCCACACUUUGCUGUUACACAUCACUCUUGAUCCAGAUCACACAGUUAACAUAAAAAGUCCAUGAGCACUUGCAAAUUGCUCACUUUUCUUCUUAAAGUUAGGUCAAGAGGAAGGCGUGGCUGCCUAAUGAGAUUGCCCCAGUGGGGUAGGGAGAAUGCUUAGGCACUUGUGGUGUUCAGUUGUUUAGGCCAUCAGCAGGCCAAAGGAGUUAAUGGGUUCACAUGAGAUGAAUUGAUAGGAGUCAUAAAUAUUGUUUAGCAGAAUGCUGUGUGCACAGAGAAAGCAUAAGGUGCUGGACUAUAUGGAACUUGCCAAACUGACCGGGAGACUCCGAGACCAGAGAGAAGAGACGGUGGAAGAAGACUGGAAGUAGUUUAAGGAAUAUUUGAAAAAAAUAUGUUAAUAUUUAAAUCUUAGAAUAGCCUUGGAAGUGGAUAUAGGCUGUAGGGUUAGAAGUAGAAGAUAGUGUAUUUUAAAAUAAUAUUAUUGGUAAGCGAUAAAACGUGAAGUUAUUUUAAGUGUGAUUAAAAAAAAAGAUGGCUAGAAACUAUGAUAUAUGUAAACUGCUAAAGAUGAAGUAAAAUGAAAAUCAGAUAGGUGGGACUUGGGGAAGACCACUUAACAAUGUUUAGAAAAAUAAGGAUAUGACAAGAAUUUGUUUGUAUUGUUUGUUUUUCUGUUUGUGUUCUUUAUUUGUGUUAUAAAAUGAAUAAAAAAAUUUGAAGAAGAAAAAGAGAAAGCAUAAGGCGCAGCACAAGCAGAAGAAUGGGAAAUGGAAUAUGUUUGCUAUUUUAUGUUUAUACCCCGAUUCUCAUCAGAAAGGUUGAGUCUUGAAUGAAGUUCUCAGCAGUCUUGUGUCCAGACACUGAUCAGGACCAAACUUCUUCAAUUUCAAGAAUGGCAGACCCUCCAAGUGCCCUUAUUUUCCAGGGACAGUCCCGGAUUUACAGAAGUUGUCCUAGUUUCUGAUUUGAUCCCGGAAUGUCCCAUUUUUCUUUAGGACAUCCCUAUUUUCAUCCGAGAAACGUUGAAGGGUAUGGAGUUAUCUGACCCCUGAGCCAUCUGAAGGCAGCCCUGUAUGCAGAAGUUUUUUUAAAUGUUUAAUGUUUUUAUAUAUCUUGGAAGCCGCCCAGAGUGACUGGGGCAACCCAGUCAGAUGGGUGGGGUAUAAAUAGUGAAAUUAUUAUUAUGGAAUAGGACAUCCUAUUUUCUUCAGAGAAAUGUUGGAGAGCACGGAAAAAUAUACCAUUGGGUGCUAAUCACUAGACCCAGGAAGUGAUAUGCUUUAACAAUAUGAUUUAGCAAAAGGAUAACUUCAGAGUCAGUGGAUUUCUUGCCUUCAUCAUUUUAAUAUGUAUGAUGUUUCCAGCCCUGGGGUCCUCGGUUGAAGAUGCGUGGGAAAUCAGAAGCUGCCAGAAUGAGGGGGCACUAUGGCCAUUAUUAUAUGAAACUUGAAAACUUGCAGAAAAGGCCCUUUGAGCAGGGUGAUGAUCCUUGUAUCAGCGAAAGAUUGGAAGAGUAUUAUAAGCAGAAAGGACAAAAACCACCACCACCACCACCUCACUGGUAGGGUGUUUUUCCUUGAAUAUUGAUACUUCUCAUGAUUUUGACAGGGGUAUUCUUGACUGUGUAAGAAUUGGUAAGAUUUUCUUUGCUUGCUUGCUUGCUUUCAGUUUGAUCCCACACCAAAUUAGGUAAGCUAAAGCCCAUUGACUUCAAGCUCAUGUUCAAAUUUGAAAUUCUGAAGUCAUACUGAAUACGAGCAGGUUUGUCUGCAACGUAUGUUGUGGCAGCAACAUUUAUUUUAUUUAUUGCAUAACAUUUAUAUACCAUUCAAUUGUAGCAAAACUUCAAAGCGGUUGGCAAAAAGAAUAAAAACAACACAAUCAGUUUUUAAAAGUUACAAAAAUAUUUAAAACAUUUAAAAAAAAAAUUAGCAACAAGCCAAAACCAGAUUAAAACAGCAUCGACUAGUCUAGAUAGACUUGCCUAAACAAAAAUGUUUUUAGCAGGUGCCGAAAAAAGUACAGUGCCUAUCUGGUAUCAGUAGACAUGGAGUUUCAAAAUAUGAGUGCUAAGAUGCUAAAAGAUAAAUUUCUUACAAGUGCAAAACAAUACAUGUCACCUGUAACAGUGCCCGUCCCUCAGAUGGAAUUGAUCCUGUGGGCAUAUAUGGGGUUGAUGAUUAUUCAGCUUCAGGUGGGGAGAGUAUGGGAUUGCUAGACCAUUUAUGACUGAAAAAUAGAGAAGCAGCGUGAAAAGAUUAGACUUCCAAUUUAACCUUUUAAUCUAUAGUUUUUGUAUUCAGUAGAGUUUGCUAAUAAAACUUGGAAUCCCGCUUCAGAUUUUCGCUGAUGUUCCUGUUUCUUCCAGGCCUGCAGAAUAUCUUCAGAGACGAUACAAUGCCCAGCAAUACAAGAUAAAAGUAGAGAAGCAACUUGUAAGCAUUUUUCCCAAUAAGAUAGAAUAACAAACUGAAACCGAUAAGCAAAUAGAGUGAUAUUUAAAAAUGCACUAGCAUGGAAAAAAACUCCAACUACAUUUUACUUUUCCAUUCAGUGGGGUGGGUUCAGAAAUGUUUACAUUUUGUAUGUUUCCAUUAUUUUGCAUAUAGGGAUUGCGCCCAUCUUCUGCUGACCGGCAGUAUUUUCAAAUGCAGAAUCAGGAGAUGAAGGAAGAGCAGUUGAGAGCUCUUGCUCAAAAAAAUAAAAUGAAAGAACAGGUAAGAAAGAGCAAUGUUAGUGCUCCCUUGGGCUAGGAAUCAUAGAGUCUUGUUGUUGUUGUUGUUUAGUCAUUUAGUCGUGUCCACCUCUUCGUGACCCCAUGGACCUGAGCAGGCCAGGCACUCCUGUCUUCCACUGCCUCCCACAGUUUGGUCAAACUCAUGCUGGUAGCUUCGACAACACUGUCCAACCCUCUCGUCCUCUGUCGUCCCCUUCUCCUUGUGCCCUCCAUCUUUCCCAACAUCAGGGUCUUUUCCAGGGAGUCUUCUCUUCUCAUGAGGUGCCAAAGUACUGGAGCCUCAGCUUCACGAUCUGUCCUUCCAGUGAGCACUCAGGACUGAUUUCCUUCAGAAUGGAUCGGUUUGAUCUUCUUGCAGUCCAUGGGACUCUCAAGAGUCUCCUCCAGCACCAUAAUUCAAAAGCAUCAAUUCUUCGGCGAUCAGCCUUCUUUAUGGUCCAGCUCUCACUUCCAUACAUCAUUAUCUCACCACAUCACUACAUAGAGUCUUAUUAUUAUGCAUAGAUCCAUGUAAAUCUGCUACUGCAAAACCAUAGUACAGGCAUUCUUUUUAGUAUGGGAAUACAGGUGGUGUUGCUUUUAAGCACUACCAUAUUUGUUAGGGCAGAAGUAGUUACACAUUUUGGAGCCAUUUUGAAGCCAUCAGCACUGGCAAUUAAUGGUGGAUUGCUUAGAACUAGUGCUAUAUCUUCUAGUCUUAGCUUUUGGGGUCUUGCGUGGGGUAGAGCAAUCCAAAUCUGUGAUCCACCGUGCUGGGUUGGAUGAGGUGCCCCCUCUACUCAGCUUGCCCAGGUGUGUCAUCACAGAGCUCCCAACUACACCUGCUUAAACUACAUGUGGUCUGAAUGGCAGCAUUCUCACUGGCAGAAUACUAAUGGCAGAAUACUAAUGGCAGCAUUCUUACUGGCAGAAUAAUAAUAAUAAUAAUAAUAAUAAUAAUAAUAAUAAUGGGUGGGUUAUAAAUAUUAUUAUUAUUAUUAUUAUUAUUAUUAUUAUUAUUAUUAUUUAUUAUUAUUUAUAACCCGCCCAUCUGGCUGAGUCUCCCCAGCCACUCUGGGCGGCUCUCAAUCACAUGUUAAAAACAAUAUAGCAUUAAAUAUUAAAAACUUCCCUAAACAGGGCUGCCUUCAGAUGUCUUUUAAAAAUAGGAUAACCUCUUAUUUCCUUGACAUCUGAAGGGAGAGUGUUCCACAGGGUGGGUGCCACUACCGAGAAGGCCCUCUGUCUGGUUCCCUGUAGCCUCACUUCUCGCAAUGAGGGAACUGCCAGAAGGCCCUCGGCGCUGGAUCUCAGUGUCCGGGCAGAACGAUGGGGGUGGAGACGCUCCUUCAGGUAUACAGGACCGAGGCCAUUUAGGGCUUUAAAGGUCAGCACCAACACUUUGAAUUGUGCUCAGAAAUGUACUGGGAGCCAAUGCAGAUCUCUCAGGACUGGUGUUAUGUGGUCCCGGCGGUCCCGGCAGAAGCUGGCCUAAAGCCCCAAUAUGGGACAUUUUGGGAACAGGGAGAGGGUGGGGAAGGGGCAGAGCUGGGCUGGCCAAGGUAGCCAGCCCAGCUACCAGUAAGUUGUUGUAGUAGGCCUGAUCUAGGCCUCUCCACUGAAGUUUUCUCCCCCCACACCCGGCAAACUGGCAUGAUUGGCAGAGCUCCAGCAGCAACUCCACUAUUCUAUCAAGCCCCUUUGCUGCCAGGAGUUUGGAUUGCUCUUUUACUUAUUUUAGGUGUUCUCAAAGGCUUUGGCCUUUGUUUAUUUAAUAUGCCACCUAUCAGUUCGGCAGCUACUGAGAUAAAUUUAUUAUUAUUAUUGAGCAGACCACUUCAUGCAAGUGAAAGGUCAUUUAGUUCCCAAAGUAGUGUGCCGUCAUGCUUUGGAAGCUUCUGUUUAAGAAAGGCGUAAAAUAUUCAUAGUAGUGUGUGUGUGUGUGUGUGUGUGUGUGUGUGUGUACUGAUAUUUGCUAAAGUCCUUUACACAUCAUAUAAGCUCUCCUGAACACAAUGGAAUUCCUGAAUGGACAUGCAUAAAAAUUUGCUGUUAACGUACAUAUUACUGAUACAUCAUGUUGCUUCUAAAGUGGGUACACAUUUUUUAAAAAUCUGAUAAUGUUUAACAGGAAUACCUGAAACAGCUGAAGAAGAUUCGUCAGCAGUACCACAGUGAAGUAAAUGAAAUUAGACGUAAAGCAGAAUCUCUAGAGGUAAAUUUCACUGCACCGAACCUUUACUAGAGCUUUCUCACACUUCCCUUUCCAAGAUGUGGAAAAUGAUAGUAAUUAUGCUGAAGUUGUUUAUCCUUCUAUUUAGACUAUUGUAGUGGGAGGAUUUUAGCAGUUGAAAUCCAUUCUGCCCCUUUAGUGGUCAAUAGGACUGACAAGAGUUUUGGGUGUGAGAGCAAAUAGUGUCUAGGAUUCAAAGUUCUCACUGCAUGCACAAGCAAUUCUACACAUGUAUCACUAUUUCUUUCGAUUUUUAAUUUAAUAUAUUCUUGUUUUAAAGGAGAAUAAAAGUAUAAAGGACAAAACAUAUAUUGUGAAACAGGGAAAGACUGAGAACCAACCUACUUAUAAUUAUAUUAUUCCUGGAGGACAAGAUGAACCAGUUCAGGUAUUAGCAACUCUGUAUGGUACAAUAUGAUAGUUGAAAUGUUUACAUUAAUGGAAAAGGUCACAGUUUUUUAACAUGGUUGACUGUGCUUUAUCAAAAUAUAAUACGAGCAUACUUCAUUUUUGACUGGAAGUAACUGUGCCUGUUAAUUUUUUAUUUUUUUAUUUUUGUCUUACAAGGAUCUUGAGCAAAACCUGAAACAAAUUGGAGUACAUAACUGGCAGGAGGAAAAUUUCCUUGAAAGAAAACACAAAGCAAAGGUUAAAGAUAAUAUUCUUCUCUUCAUUUUGUCCAGUCUUUGUAUACUGAUAGCUCUGAAAAUGGGGUUUCAGGUGACUGUGUCAGCCAGUGAUGAUCAUGCAUGUGAUGGCCAUUUCAGGUAAGUGGGAGAUAUAUGCUGUCUUUUCCUAUCUUCUUUCCUAAUCUACUCUUCCACAAAAUCCCAUACUGGGGAAGGGAGAGGAAAAACUGAAAGCACAUGAGUGGAUUGCUGCCUUCCCUUGGACCGGAGGAAUGAUAAUCAGCGUCAUCAUGCUCUCCUCUGCCUGUAUUUCAGAUGAUGGCAUGAGAAUUCUUUAAAAUAUGUCUGUGAUAGUUGGUAACUCUGUUUUAUUUUCUUCAGGGAGGUGUAAAGUUUCAGAUUGAUCUGAAAGAUGGUGUUUCAGAUUUCCAGAAAGAGAAAGAGGUAUGGGCUAUUGUUAUAUGUUACACCAGGUUAGCCUAGAAAAUGUUUUGGCUGGAGAAAAACAAGCUAAGCCUCAUAGUUUGUUAUGCUCAAAGAGAGCCGAGAUAAGUGAUUGAAUACCGUGGAGAAGCACACUUCUCAUUCAUAAAGCCGUAAUUUAUUUUUGACCGUGGUUUACUGCUGCAUGUGGGCCUAUGUGCAUGAAUUGAGUAAGUUCUCUCUUUUUUUUUUUAAUGAUAUUUAUUAAUGUUUCAAAAAAAGGAUACAUAAAUAAGAGAGAGAAAAAAAUAAAAAAAGAAGAAUACAAAAUACAAAAAAAAAAAACAAUUAAAAACAAUUCCAUCUUUUCAUCACUUCUCUUUCAUUUACUUAUUUCCCGGACCUCCUCAUACCUCCCUUUUUUGUAUUCCAGUUCAAUUUAUUAGUCCAGCAAUUCCUUUCCCUCCUUUUUAAUCCUAAUCUUUAAUCUUAAUAUAUUAUAGCAUUAGUUUUUUACGUAUUGAAAGUCCAAUUUUUCCAUAUUCUUUUAUACCAUUACAGCUAGAAACCACUUAACUUCAAUCCAACAUCAUUCUAACAUUCAUUAAUUUUACAAUAUUUCUGUAAGUAGUCUUUAAAUUUCUUCCAAUCUUCUUCCACCGACUCUUCUCCCUGGUCUCGGAUUCUACCAGUCAUUUCCGCCAAUUCCAUAUAGUCCAUCAUUUUCAUCUGUCAUUCCUCCAGUGUGGGUAGGUCUUGUGUCUUCCAAUGCAAUAAGUAUUCUUGCUGCUGUUGUAGCAUACAUGAAUUGAGUAAGUUCUCAAUGUACAUUGUUUCUUUUGAUAUUAGGAAUGUGAUAAACUUAAUGAAGCCCUAACUUUUGAAGAUGGAGAAAACCUUAAGAAAAAACUGACAAACAUCUGUGAUGAUUAUAUAGACAAAGCACUGCUAGAACUACAGUGUUGGGAAACAGGUGUGCUUCUCUAAACUGCUAGACUUUUUGGAGUGCUGUUCCCAUUAUUCAUUUUCAGUUACAUUCCUUCAUGAUCUUUCUGUUGCUCAUAUUAUAUAAACCUAUAUUUCUUAGAGCUUAUUUGUAUAACUUUUGUUUGUUUUUGUUUUGGGCAUACAAUGAUACUGUCUUGUCACCAUGCACCUGAUCAGCUCAGUUUUUUUGUUUGUUUUGUUAGGCCAGUGAUAAUAUGUAAUCAGUAUAUAACAAGAAUGGGUUCCAUGCAUAACUUCAUUACAAUAUAUGUGCUGAAAAAUCAACCAAUGGACCUUUGUGUCUCAUAAUUAACACCAGAUUUUUAUCCAUUUAGAUUUAAAAGCAAUUGAAGGUAAUCUCCUUUCCCUUAGGUGGUGACAAUGAAGAUGAUGCCAUAGUAAACAGAAAACACUGGCAAACAUCAGUCCCACAGACUCUUCUGAAUCUUCUAGAAAAUGCAGAUAUUUCCUCUACAUCCACUACCAUGGAUGAAGCAGGUAAUCUCUUGGGAAGCAUUUUCUCAGUGUUACUGACUCCACUUGGUUCUUUUACAUGUGAAAUACAGUGGGCAUUUCAGAAGGGUGCUGUACUGUGACCUGAAAUAUCAUUUCCUUAGUUCCCAAAGUGCAAGAGAGGCAUCCCUAAAAAAUCACCGUAUUUUUCGCUCUAUAAGACGCACCAGACCACAAGACGCACCUAGUUUUUCGAGGAGGAAAACAAGAAAAAAAAUAUUCUGAAUCUCAGAAGCCAGAACAACAAGAGGGAUCGCUGCGCAGCGAAAGCAGCAAUCCCUCUUGCUGUUCUGGCUUCUGGGAUAGCUGCGCAGCCUGCAUUCGCUCCAUAAGACGCACACACAUUUCCCCUUACUUUUUAGGAGGGAAAAAGUGAGUCUUAUAGAGCAAAAAAUACGGUACUUGUGAGUGCUAAGCUAGACUAUGAGCAGGUGGUUUCCUGACCAUUCCUAGCCUAGUGUGCUUGCUCAGAGCUAUUUUAAUUCUAUGUUUUGUCUGAAAAGGUCUGCAACCCCUGCUCUGUUCCCUCCCUAUCUCUAUAGUCAUCAUCCAUUCAGCUGUUUUCCGAAAUGGUUCAUGAACCUCCUAACCCACCAGAGGCCCCUAAGACUUGUUUUGUCUUAGUUUAGAAAUACUUUACACUGUCAUCUUCCUGUCCUUCAAAUAUUUUGUCUUUGGAAAAAAUGUUCCAUAGUGCUGUUGCCUGAGCAAAAGUGUCGGCAAAUGAAUGCACCUUUGUAGAAGGGUGAAUUAUGAUUACAGUGGUACCUCGGGUUAAGAACUUAAUUUGUUCUGGAGGUCCGUUCUUAACCUGAAACUGUUCUUAACCUGAAGCCCUACUUUGGCUAAUGGGGCCUCUUGCUACUGCUGUGCCGCCAGAGCACGAUUUCUGUUCUCAUCCUGAAGCAAAGUUCUUAACCCGAGGUACUAUUUCUGGGUUAGCGGAGUCUGUAACCUGAAGCGUCUGUAACCCGAGGUACCAUUGUACAGGAGCAAGAGAGGAAGCAAAAGGCAGAAAGUUCUUGACAUUUGGAGGUGAAAUGCAGUGGGGCUAGUUUUACAUGAAAACCUUGCUAAUGCAGAGUGAGUGAACAAAUAUGUAUUAUUAUUUCUCAGUGGGCCAGGUUAGCUUGAUGCCUCCAGAAUUCUCUGAAAACAGGAGAAAAUGGAGCCAAGAAUCACCUGGGACACUGAUGAACAUGCUAGCUGAAGCAGAAUGCUCCAGUGACACUUUGUGCCAAGCCGAAGAACACGGUAAGUUGCUACUUACAUAUUUUGCUACUUGAUAGUCACAUCUGAGAUUUAUUUGACAUUGCGUGCAGCUACUGAAUAUAUCAGUGCACUUAACCUAUGCACAACAAGCACACAGAUUGAGGGGGAAGCUUGAACUGCCCUAAAACAGACAGUAUCUGUGUAAUGUUCAUACCUCAGUACACAAUACUGAGCAUAAAGAAAACAACAGGAGGAUGGUUUUAAAACAAUCAGUCAUGAUAUUUUUAACGUACCAUGAUAUAAAGACAACAUGUAUGCUUGAAGUAAAUGGGGAAAGUUGCUGUGGCGUUCAUACGGAGCCCCCAGUCGUCUCACGGACUAUUGACCUGUACACCACUAAUCCGCUGCCACCAACCAGGUCCUCCCUGGUAAAAUCACUUCAGUCUCAGUCAGCUUUUCAAUUAAUAAAGAAGAGUGUAUUUUAUUUCAGACACAAACAAAACUUUUACAGCAUUCCAAACGUUGUUGCUCUUUACUUUCUUAGUCUUAUUUUCCUCUGUCUCUUCUAUCUCCCCACAGUCAAGAACCCACUGCCCUAACUGUCUCUCUAUUACCAACUGCCUUUCCCAACCAGCCAACCCACGAAAUCCAACCAGCUACCCACCACAACUCCCAACGAACUCCUUCCACAACUAGUUUUAUAGACCCACUGACUCCACCCCCCGGGUCCUGUCUGUGCAACCUAUUUAACUAUUUCCCCUCCAGCACUCUCUCAUAUAUGUUAAUGUCACAGUUGCCUACAGUAAAAUUGUGCCCAAAUAUCUUAUACAACCAAUUAUCGCUUGCAGGAUAAAUUGGAAAGUUAAGAAGCUUCACGGUAAUGAAACGAUGUGAAAGAUCGUCUAGUAAUUCCAAACUUAAUAAUGCCUAUCCAGGACCUUAUGAGAAUGCUGUAGAGCAGGCUUCCUCAACCUCGGCCCCCUAGAUGUUUUGAGACUGCAAUUCCCAUAAUUCCUGUUCACGGGUCCUGCUAGCUAGGGAUCAUGGGAGUUGUAGGCCAAAAACAUCUGGAGGGCCGAGGUUGAGGAAGCCUGCUGUAGAGUCUUAUAUAUUUUUCAAUUCCAGCAGAAGGCUUGGUUCACGGUGUUUCAAGCAGAAUUAUUCCUCACUGAGCUUAGGAGGUUUGGUGUCCUGCAUAUUAAAAAAGGUGGUUUCAUCGAAUCCUUGCUGAGCAAGGGGCCACCUCUAUCAGGCUAGCAAUAGUGACCCCUUAUCCACUAACCCACCUGGAAGUACCACUUCACACAAACAGAGAGAGUGCCUUUAUGCAAGUGUGGCCUAGUCCCAUUGUGAAUUUGGAAGCAGACCCACAUUUGGAAGGCAGUUCUCUGUGGGCUACCUCAUGUGAACUGGCCCCAUAUAUUUAGAUUAGAUUAGCAUCAGGCAUAAACCAAAUAGCUAUCCUCCUUGCUGUAAAUUCAAAGUGGCUUACAAUCUUAAAAACACAAUAAAACCAACUAAAACAUUUUCUGCUUCAGAGGAGACGGUAACCCCAUGCACUCCAAAAAAUGAUGAAGCUGAUUCAGAAGCGAGUUCUGAAUCAGAAGUGGAUGCUGCUGUUGAAGUGGAUGAAGAAAGGCUUGAUCCAAGAUCUGAUGACGAUGAUACGUAAGUUGGCCUUUGCUUCUUUGACACUAUCAGCGUAACAUAAAAGACUCUUAAGUAACAGCAUUUUUGAGCUGUUGAAACCUUUAGAUUUGUGACAAAUGUAUAGAAUGGGGAGAAUCAGCAACCUCACCAAUUUAAUAGCAUAGUUCUGUCUAGAUAAAUUAGUGUAAUUGCUAAAAACCAGCAUGCUGUUUGCUUUGAAAGGUGUCUAACUUACACUUAAGCUCAUGUUUGAUAUAAAGUACUGACAGUGGGCAAACUGAUAAUUUAGUAAAAAUAGGUUGACUAGCAAGCUUGGUGAAGCUAAAACUCCAGAACUGAAUACUUGGCUCUCAGUCUCAACAUUGUGUGAACCAACAUUGAAGGAUGAAAAACAGGAGGAACAGCAAAUACUUUCAUACUGCUCUUUGCUGACUCCUACUAUGAGGUCUCCCUUGAGCCAAAAAGUUUUAGGUACCCCUGGCUUAAACCAAUAGCACUUUCAGACAGUCCUGCUGAUUCCUUAAAAGCUGAUGAGAUGGGAACUCUGUGCGCUCACAACUGUGUAGGGCCCCAUUAACACAUAAACCAGCUCUCUUUUUCAAAAAAACUUUUUUGAUAAAUAUUGGCCAGUUUAGAAAUUCAACAUUAUGAUAACUUGAUCAAGAAUCGUAAUAGCCAUUUUAUCCUAUUAAUUUAAUCUGUUAAUGCAGAAACUUUGAAGAAUCUGAGGAUGAAUUGAGGGAUGAACUGGUAGAAUCCCUGGAAAAAGUAGUAACAUCUCUUCAAGAGGAGAUUAUAAAAGCCCCAGCUGAAACAGAAGACACAGAUGAACUGAAAAAAGAAGCAGUAUCCAAUGGUAACCUUAAAUCCACUGAAAGUUUGGAAGAGGAUAUUAACCUGACUACAGACAAACAGGAAGGAACAAUCAGUUAACACUCUCUUGGCAAAUAGUUCCUUAAGAAUGACUGGUAGCUAGCGGAGUGUGUUUUAAGAAAUGGUGAUCUCUUUCUAGGCUUAUCAACAACUAUUUGGGACCAUAAUUACAGAGGUGAGAGGUACGGUCCAGGUAGUGCAAGGCAGUUCAGUUUAACCAACUUUACAUGACUGGUUCCCUGCCUUCCUGCAUUUUGACAUUAUCCCCAGAGCCUUUACAGCAUUUAGUUCCUCAUUCUCCAGUUGCGUAUUAUAAUGUUACUUAGAUAUAAAAACAUCAUUAGGGAUUUGCAGCCCAGAACAAGUCGAGGUCUUGAUAUGGAAGCAUUUUAUUAAUCUUUCCCCCACAAGUCUUACUCAGCUAGAGACCUUGCAGCAUAGCCUAUAGAAUAGAAUGGUGUUUUUUUUAAUGGGAAUGUCACCAUGGCUAUUUCCCUUGCAUGUCUCCAAGGGUUGUCUUAUAGUGGAGGAGUCAGUAUGGAGGAACUCUUUCCUCUUUUGAGGAACUACUGUCACUCCCAGGUACCACUGCUUGCAGUUCAGGAUUAUAGGAUGUGUGGUCUAGCAACAGUUAAGGAAGGCUGGUGUUUUGUUUAUAGCUGUAUGUUUAGGGCUGCUAUAGAUCAGUCAUCAUCACACACACCUUGUGUGAUUUCUUAUGCUGAUGCCUUACCAGAUUUAACCAGCAGGAUAAGAAAUCUUUAUUGAAGCUGUUCUACUGUAGACUGCCUUGGGGCGUAGGUGAUCAUUCGUGAUUAAAUGCCCCUCCCAAAAAAUGUAAUUGACACUAAACUCCAUGUUAAGGCAGCUGUGGGGAACCUCUAGCCCUCCAGAUGCUGCUGAACUACAACUCCCAUCAUCCCUGGCCAUGGCCAAAGGUUACCCACCUAGCUUUUACCUAAUGUGAGGGUUUUCUGUUAUAGAGAAUUUAGUUUUGUGAGCUUUUGUCCCUAUACUGAAGUAGAGCCUAGACUAUAUAUAUAAUUUGACUUUCCAGGAUCAUUUUCAUUGUACACUACUUCACAACUUGAUAGCAUACAAUUCUGGUUGAUGUUCAGAAUCCACUGAGUCCUCCAAGGACAGCCUUUUCAUGACUCUGUAUUUAUUAUGCCAAGCAGAUCAUUGAAAUGGGAAGAAACUUUUUAGAAAUAAGUUAUGGGGAAAAUAAUCUGGGACAAAUGUAGAUUCAAAACUUGAUGCCACAAAUUCAAUUUAAGAUUAAACAGCUUGCUCUUUUAAGAAGCUAGGACUGAGUUGUCACCACUGGAAGCUGCUGUGUAUAUUUUGUAAUAUGAUUAUUCAGCCCAGCUACUAGAUCCUUAAGCAUAUUAUGUAUCAUUUCAUACCUGCUUGUGUCUAUGUCUAAGUUUGGGAGCAUAUUCUGUCAGACUGUCAUACAGGAAUAAGAUACCCUUUAUUGUACAAUAGAAAUACAGCAACUGUAUAUACAUAACGACUUAUGUCCAGGUAUCUAUGUACAAAAAAUUAUUUAAAUAAUUGUUCCACAGAUAACAGAAAUGUUUCCUCAAAUUCUUGUUCUGCAAAUCUCUUCACUGACUGACGAGCAGUUUGUCUGAUUUCUAGCCUUUUUGUAGGAGGCAAUGAAAAUAUAUAGGCCAUAGUAUCUGCAUAGUCGUCUUCAUUUUCUGCUAGAAAUCCAGUAAUAUUUCCUUCAUAGGGCACCACAAUAUCCAGCUUGGGGCCUCCAGAAUUGUGAGCAAGGAUAAUUGUGCCAGCUGCCAUACAUUCAACAAUUCCUAUAUGAGACAAAACAAGCUAUUGUUAACUACAGUUCUCACCAAUAACUAAGGAUUUUAGUGUCACUUUAAAAGCAUGAAGGAAAACAAAAUAGGCUGGAUCCUGAGAUCCCACCCACAGAAAAAGGUACUCCUCACACUGUUACAGAACAGAGGGGAAGCAGAUUUUGGGAACUGCAAAGGGAGGGUCCCUGAAAAUCUUUUCCAGGAGUAUGAGAUAGUAUAGGAAGUGGAAUCACUAACCGCUUCUGUUAAGAGCACAAUUUCUUGGUAGAAGAAGUGAUAUGACAUUGGUUCAAAACCAUAAUGUGUACAAAAUGGAAAUGGUGACCUGUUUGCAUUCUGCAGCAAAAUAGAUCCCAAAAAAUGAUCCAGCAAAAGCGGCUGUCAGAAUGAUUGUCACAGGGAUAUGCAAAACCGUAUCAUGAUGUGCACACACAGUUUUGCGGAAAAGAGGCAACUUGUGACCUCUGCUGGCUCAUUGAGAAGAUUAGACAUGUAAGUAGGAUUUCUCUCAGCAUCUGCAUUCAGUGAUGAUAGUGAAUUCCUCUUGAGCUUACAGCUUAUGCUGACAGUUUUCAAUUUUUGAAAGGGAUACAGGGAGGGGGGAGAGAGCAACUGAUUUCCCUUACAAUGAAGGAUAAAAAUAGAUGAAGAAGCCAUGAUUGUAACCUGGGAAAAGAUAAAAGUCGUUCCUGUGAGAGUUCAGCACUGGAACAAACAGCCAAAUGAGUUUGUAGAAUUUCUCUCCAUUAAGAUUAGGAUUCAAUAUGCUGGUCAGGCAUUAUGUUUGGAUAUUUUUUAGGGUGUGAUGUGCAAUAAGGAAAAGAGAUAAUACUAGGUUGGAUCCCUUCCAAAUUUACAGCUCCCAAGAAUGCACAAUAUGGAAGUAGCUGAACACAGUAUCAGUUUGAUGGAAGAACAGAUGAAAACAGCACUAAAGCACUUUAUAAACUCAUAAUUAGCCAUGCGUUUCAACACCAGGAGCCAAAGAAAUGAUACAGCUGACUAUAUAUAGCUCCACUUACCAAUCCCAAAGUGUUCAUUCCACAUGGUGUGAAGUCCAAUGGUCGCAUCUGCCAGAUGUUGCUUUAGCUCUUCAAAUGGAAUGUUAACUCUGAAUUCUACCCUUUUUUCAAUGCCCAACUCUUGGCAGAGCUUUUUAAGUCCAUUUACACGCUGCUCAUCUUCUUGGUUACGACAGCCACCAAUCAGAAUGAGUUUGGGCAGCAGCUCCUGCCCUGCAGUCUUUUCCAGCAAUUUCGCAAAGGCUCUGAUCUGCAGACGAUGGUCUUUUUCUGGCCUGAACUGGCUUACAGAAACAAUAGUUUGCUCUACAGCGCUCUUUUCCUCACAUAGAGGAAUAUCCAAGAAUGUCUGAACGUCACAAGGUGGAUACACAACACUGGUGCGAUCACUGCAUCUCCAAAGGGAAAGGAUGUGAUUGAAAGUCCAUGAAGAAUUAACCAUGACAAUGUCACUGCAAGAACCAACUAAGCCAUAUAUAGAAGCAAAAAUAUAAUAAUAUGUGAGUUUCAAUUUACUCAGUAGGGGAUUUCUUGUGAUGAUCGCUGCAUUAUUAAAUCGAGCAUUCUGAUUCCUAACCACAGAAAGCAUGUCAGUGCUGAUUGUAGGAUAAUGAACAUAACAGCCUAUCCGACAACCUCCUAAAUAUUUAAAAAGAGGAAGUGUGAAAGCAUAACCCAUGGAGUCAAUGUAGACAUCAGGAACACAGUUCACAAGAGCUUCCCAGCCAAGAAAUACAGAUCCUAAGCUCUGACCCAGCAGUGUAAAAUGUGGGUAAAGGGAAGCUUCUACAAGAUAGCGCCUUCUCAAAAACACAAAUUUCACAGGUUGAUUUAAUCUGAUGUUGAAUCGUCUGUAAGCACCUUCAAGGAUAUUUUCAGCUGUGACACCAGCAUCACCAGUGUAGACAACAUAGGACACAUCCUUGUACCUGAAAAAUGAAAUGUAAUUUAUCAUCUGCAAAUCAUCUUAAUUUUACACUCAGUAAAAGAGUCCAUUUAUGGGAAGACGCUUUAAUUUGAUUGCCUUUCUUGGAAUGUCUAAAACUACAACUGUCGGCCACUAUUUAUCUAUCUUUUCUGUACAACUACUAAGCUCUGUUUUCCUUGGAUGCAUACGUUUUGUUACUUGAAAUUAAAAAUCAAUUAAUAAAAGAGACUAUGUC